AUGAACUAUUCGGACGAUGACGAGGACUUGAAGCUGGCCGUGGCCCUAUCUAUGCAGCAAAGUCCUUCCGCCAUGCCGACAGACCAUACGAUUGUUGAUCUCACCUCGGACAACGUAGGUGACGAUGAUGACAGUGACGGUGAUGAUCUGAGACGGGCUAUAGCGCUAUCUCUGCAAGAGAACAUGUGCUCUUCAAAAUCGGAAACGCCUUCGGGUGCAGUCACCACCGGUGAGCAGUCGGCUUCUACCACCACCACCACAGAGUUGACUCAACAGAGGGGGAACUUGGUGUACAGCGCGGAACAGAAACCUGAAGCGGCUGGCUGGGAUCGUAAAGCCAUGGAAUUAGCGCGUCUUGCCCGGCUAGAGAAGCGAAAGCGAAAGCGCAGCCUCUCCACAGAGCGACCUUCCAAACAACGGCCGAGUGCGCCGGUACCUGAAGUGGUGAAAGGCAGCACCCCAAGCACCCAGUCACAGUCAGAUGCAGGGAUGCAGUACCCCAGAGGAGCCAUAAAGCGCACUUUUGCGACCAAGUUUCCACGCACCGACGACAUCACCCUUGAUGAGCUAGUCCAGGCGUCGACGGUCAACAUUGCAGUCAUCAGCUCCUUCCAAUGGGACGCGGAAUGGCUGGGCAGCAAAUUGAGUCACAACAAGGUCAAGCAGAUAUGGGUUAUGAAUGCCAAGGGUGCAGAUACCCAGGCACGCUGGAGACGCGAAUUGGCAGAGCAUGGCAUACCCAACUUGGUUGUCCACUUUCCGCCUAUGGACGGCGUGACGUUGAGUUCGCACAGCAAGUACAUGUUGAUGUUCAGCGACACCAAGCUGAGAGUCGUGGUCACUACAGCGAACAUGGAGAGAGAGUACUGGGGAGAAGUGAGAAACAAGUGGCAGCCUGGUGUUUUGGAGAAUUCAGUCUUUGUGAUUGACCUGCCUCGAAGGGCGGAUGGUAUUGUGGGGAGCAAGGAGGAGCUUACGCCAUUUGGAUACGAGCUGAUCUACUUCCUCGAGGCACAAAAGCUGGACCGAAGAGUAGUCGAGGGUGUGUUGAAGUUUGAUUUUUCUCAGACCAGGCAUCUUGCCUUUGUCCACUCCAUCGGUGGUACUUUUGACGGAUCAGCGUUGCACCCUACCGGCCUGCCAGGGCUAUCCAAAGCCAUGCGAGAUUUGCAUCUGGACAAGGUUGCGUCUCUUGAGCUGGACUAUGCUGCAUCCUCCCUAGGUGCGGUUGACGAUGGUCUGCUUCAGCGUAUCUACCUUGCCGCGCAAGGUCUGCCGUUCACCGCCGGUUCUGAUUCAACGGUACCAGCCAUUCAACAGAAGAUGCGCAUAUACUAUCCUACCAAGGAGACCAUUCAGGCCAGUAUUGGUGGUCCUGACUGCGCCGGGAUUGUUUCGUUGAAGAAGGAGCACUACAACCUGCCAACGUUUCCUGCAGCGUGUCUGCGCGACUACACAUCGACACGCACGGGCAUGAUCUCACAUAACAAGCUGCUGUUUGCGCGUGGACGACAUGUUGAUGGGACAGGGUUUGCGUGGGUCUACGUGGGGUCAGCGAACCUCUCUGGGUCGGCGUGGGGGUCGCAGAAGGUGCUGAAGAACGGAAAGAUGGGCAAGCUGAGCAUUCGAAAUUGGGAAUGCGGCGUGGUUGUGCCAGUGCCCAGAGAACAGAUGGAGGCCUUGGAGCUCGAAGAAGGCGGGGUCCCGGCUAUGCGUGUUUUCGAGGGGACAAUCGAGGUUCCCUUUCGGUAUCCAGGAGAGCGGUACGAGGGACGACUCCCGCAUCUUAUGGGUUCCUGA